AUGACGUCACAGGAAACCCGGGACGAUGCCCCACCGUCAAGCGGCCCUAUUGCCCUCAGAUACACAUAUCCGUUCGCUCCUAACCUAGCACCAUUUCUUGUCCUCCAGUCCUGCCGCUUCGACAUCCACUGCGAAAAGCACGAGAAAUGCUGCGAAGAACCUUGCCUGACCCACAAGCAACAUCACUUACGGCUAACCUUCAUGCUGUUGCCACUGGCUAUGCUGGCAACUGCACGCACUUUGGAGGCCUAUAAAAUGCCCGUUUCCUGCUUGCAUCAACAGUUCAUCCUGCAGCUUCCUGUAGACACGACACGUUCUGAUUCUACGCGAUGUUGUGCCUUCGCUUCGUUGUCUUUCUUGCUGCCUGCGUCGUGGCAGCCAUGGCGAGCCACAAGUGCUCUCGUUACUGCCAGACUCCUGCCAAGACUCACGUGUGCUGUGAUCCCCCGCCUCCCCCCCGCUGCCCCAACCCCGCUCCCUGCUACGACUUCUUCGACGGCAACUUCCCCUACUGCUACCACGAUGACCAGUGUCCACCGGACCAGAAAUGCUGCACAGACGGCUGUUCCCAAAGGAAAAUCUGUGUGCCCGUCUGAGUCAUGCCCCAGCGAGUGCAUGGCGCAUGACGAACUCUGGACCGACUGUUGAAGAACUGCGUGCAUGACCAUUUAUCUUUUUCUUAUUUGCGUUCAUUCUUCUCUUUGUCAUUUCCUCCUGUGGAUGUCACGAAGAACUUUCUUCUAAUGGUUUACCAUCUCAUCUCAUGUUUCAUUUGACCAAUAAACUUGGAUUGGAAUUUG